UGGAAUUUAAUUACUUUACAAUAUAAUAUUACAUUUCUAUAAUAACGGUAUUAAGUUUUACUAUAUUCGUAUUUGCUAUGACAAACACUCCCCAAUCUAAAAUAGAUCUCACAGAAUAUCAUAAACAAACGCUCAUAGAAAAGAUUUUCAAAGUUUUUGCAAUACUUCUUAUUUUAUUAUUUCCCAUUGCAAUAUUAUUUUGCUUCAAGGUUGUAAAACAAUACAAAAGAGCGGUUGUUUUACGUUUUGGUCGUGUCAGGAGUGACUCCCCCGCCGGGCCUGGGAUCAUAUGGCUCGUGCCUUGUACUGAUAGUGUGGAGUUCAUUGAUUUAAGAACACAAUCCUUCAACCUACCGCCACAAGAAAUUCUCACUAAGGAUUCAGUAACAGUGACUGUCGAUGCUGUCGUAUACUUCCAUGUUACGAACCCACUGAAGAGUUUACUAAACGUACAAUCACACAAACGUGCUACAGAAUUAUUGUCAGUUGCAAUAUUGAGAAAUUACUUGGGUCAAUACACAUUAGCCGAGUUGCUAUCGUCAAGAGUAGCAAUUAGUGAUAAUGUUAAAUUGAUGAUCGAUAAAGGAACAAUUGAAUGGGGCGUUCAAGUUCAACGAGUAGAAAUAAAAAAUGUAUUGCUACCUUUUGAACUUCAAAAGGCAAUGGCGGCAGAAGCCGAAGGAACUCGUAUAGCUAAAGCGAAAAUAAUUGAAGCUGAAGGAGAAAUCAAAACAGCUGAAAAUCUAAAAGAAGCAUCGCAAGUUAUAAUGGAAAAUCCAAAAGCAAUGCUCCUGAGAUAUUUACAAACACUUAAUUCUAUCGCAUCCCAACAAACAACUUCGAUACUAUUCCCAUUUCCAAUGGAUCUUCCAAGCUCACAUUGAUAACUGCUUUAUUUAGCACUAGCUGACCCGGUGAAUUUUGUUUAAUAAUAUACAAAGCAAUUUAAAAUGCAAUCUAAUUUAAACAUUGAGAAAAAUGC